AUGAAAGACCAAAAUGUAAUUAAAAUAAAAGGAUACAACAUAUACUAUGCGAACCAUCCAGAUGGGACAUCACAUGCUGGGUCUGCUGUCAUAGUUAGGGAAAACAUUCGACACCACGUCUUACCAAACUUUAGACAAGCACACUUACAAGCGGCUAUAAUAUCAAUAGAUGACCGGCAUGGCUCGCUAAAUGUGGCUUCAGUUUACUGUCCCCCGCGACAUCGAAUAAGUGAGCAAAUGUUUAGUGACUUCUUUGACACACUAGGAAACAGAUACAUGACAGGCGGUGAUUGGAACUCAAAAAAUACAUUCUGGGGCUCUCGGCUAACUACAACAAGGGGUCGGGAGUUAAAAAAGACUAUUGAUAGAUACAAUCUUAACGUAAUAUCUACAGGGGAACCAACACACUGGCCUACAGAUCGUGACAGACUUCCGGAUGUCAUUGAUUUCUUUAUUACUAAAGGAAUCUCGGGACUAUACACAAAAGUGGAAUCAUGUCUUGAUGGCUCCUCAGACCACACACCUUUGAUAUGUGCCCUAAGUUCGACUGUGAUCUGGAAAGAACCACGUCAGACCCUAUACAAUCAAAAAACAGAUUGGGAGGCUUUUCGAGAUUAUAUAGAGGAAAAUGUUAACUUAUGCAUACGACUCAAAUCAGAGGAGGAUAUAGAAGAUACUACGCAGUAUACCACCAAUAUAAUACAAAAAGCAGCAUGGCUAUCAACACCUUACUUGAACUCUAAAAUACAAAAAAACGAUAUUUGCCUCGAAAUAAAAGAGCUGAUAGCUGUGAAGAGAAGACUAAGACGUAGCUGGCAGUCCUAUAGGAAUAGACAAGACAAAAAAGCACUCAACAGAGCUCAAAAGGUUUUAAAAGAAAAGCUGAGAGAAAAUGAGAAUAGUACCUUGCAAGACAAAUUAAAAUCAUUGUCUCCAUACAAAGCAGACAACUAUUCGCUGUGGAAAAUGACUAAAGCGUUAAAAAGACCAAAAGAACACAUGCCUCCUCUAAGAGAAGCUACUGGCAACUGGUCACGAAAACCUAAGGAUAAAGCUCAGUUAUUCGCCGACUUCCUAAAAGACACGUUCAAACCGAAUGAGCCUGAUAUUCAUCACACAGAGGAAGAAAUUGACGAAAUCCUGAAUAGAGACCAACAAUUGUCUAUGCCACUAAGACCGGUUACACCGGCCGAAGUCAAGAUAACUAUAAACAAUUUAAAACCUAAAAAGGCACCAGGAUUUGAUCUCAUAACGGCAGAAGUUCUGAAAAAUCUACCUAAAAAAAGGCAUUGUACUACUGACUAUCCUCUUCAAUGCAAUAUUGAGGCUACAAUAUUUUCCAAGGUUAUGGAAGGUGUCUGUUGUGAACAUGGUUGCCAAACCGGGAAAGCCCUCAACAGAGUCCUUGAAGAACAAAACGUUAUACCAGAUCACCAGUUCGGCUUUCGUUCACAUCACGGAACGACGGAACAGAUACAUCGAGUGGCUCAUACAAUACGGCAAGCGAUGGAGAGGAAGGAAUACUGUUCGGCUGUGUUCCUUGACAUACAGCAGGCCUUUGACCGGGUGUGGCAUAAGGGCCUCUUGUGCAAGUUAAAACAACACCUUCCAAAUACUGCAUACAUGCUCCUGAGGUCAUAUCUGCAAAACAGAACAUUCCAAGUUAAAUGCGAAGACUGUCUGUCACCCAUUUACGAAAUAAAAGCGGGCGUGCCUCAAGGCUCUGUGCUGGGGCCGGUUUUGUAUACGGUGUUCACCGCCGACCUACCAAUCUCAGAAGCAGUGGUGACAGCAACUUAUGCCGAUGACACUGCAGUUCUCUCCUGUAACAGAGACCCAAAAGUGGCUUCCGCAAAACUUCAGGAAUGCCUAGAUAAAAUCGGACUAUGGCUGAAAAAGUGGAGAAUCCGGGCAAGCCCAGCUAAGUCACUUCAUGUAACAUUCACCUUAAACAGAGGGGACUGCACAUCCGUGACACUUGAUGGAGCUACUCUGACACAUCAUACAACAGCUAAAUACUUGGGCAUGCACCUAGACAGAAGACUAACCUGGCGAGAUCACAUAAAGGCCAAAAAGAAACAGGCAGAAAAAAAAAUAUAG